UUUGGCUACCUAUAAGAAGACCAAUAGCAGGCCUAAAAAGAUCAAUACCAACUCUCUGGUUUCCUUCUGUCAACUAUCACCACAAAUUAAACCAUGGCAGUGAAAGGGGGUUAUUGGCCUUCAUGGGUCUCCGAUUUCCGGGGCAUCGACUCGAGACUUUUCACCCACAUCUAUUAUGCUUUUGUUGUGCCUGAUCACACUUUUAAGCUUGAUCUCUCAGGCUCAAGGCUCGGGGAUUUUAUAAGCGCGGUUCGGCCGGCCAAGGCGAUUUUGUCAGUCGGCGGGGAACGCGCAGAUCCGAAACGCUUUUCGGACAUAGUGUCAAAUAAAUCCUCGCGCAAGAUUUUCAUCGAUUCAUCCAUUGAAGUGGCGAGGGCAUUUGGAUUUGAUGGCGUUGACCUUGAUUGGGAGUUCCCUCAAGACCAUGACGUGAAAAAUUUGGGAGACUUACUCCAUGAGUGGCGGGCCGCGGUCCAAAGGGAGGCAACGGUAACUAGUCGGAACGCACUCUUGCUAACCGCUGCCGUGCCCUUCUCGGCCAAUAGCAACGGGUCAUUCCCGGUAGACUCCUUGAAGCAAAACUUGGAUUGGAUCAACGCGAUGUGCUACAAUUACCGUGGCUCUUGGGACAACUUUACGGGUGCCCAUGCCGCGUUGUUUGAUCCAAUAAACAAAUCCGAAUACACGACGGAUAUGGGGCUUCAGUCAUGGAUCCGUGCCGGGAUACCUCCAAGCAAGUUGGUCAUGGGCUUGCCAUUGUAUGGGCGGACUUGGACGCUCGAGAACCCUGGAUCACACGGUAUUGGAGCAGCCGCCAGGGGGAUCGGCCCAGGGGAUGGCGGAACUAUGACUUAUGCUGAGAUUAUGAGGUUCAAUAGGCAGCAUAGUGUCAGGGAGAUCUACGAUCAGGACACCGUGUCCGCAUAUUCUUAUGCGGGGACUGCGUGGAUUGGGUACGAUAAUGUCAAGUCAACAACAACGAAGAUACAGUAUGCUCAGCGCCUUGGGCUUCGUGGGUACUUCUUUUGGCAAAUUGCUGGCGACCACGAGGGGACAAUCUCAAGAGCAGCUUCAAACUCGUGGAGUUAAGUUUCAUUUCCUUGCUCGUGUAAAGAUCGACGGAUGUCCGAACUGUACCGUUUUUUGUUUCGAUGUUGUCAUUUUAUCUUCUUCUUUUUUCCUCUUUGCUUGUUUCAUUUCCUUGCUCAUGUAAGGAUCGUCGACGGAUGUCCGAACUGUAUCGUUUUUUGUUUCGAUGUUGUCAUUUUUAUCCUUGUUUUUCCUCUUUGCUUGUUUCAUUUCCUUUGGCUUAUGUGUAAAGAUGAAUCCAUGAGAUCAGUCGAUAACAUGCUUCAUCUAUAUAUAUAUUGUGAAGUAGUAAAUAAAAUUAUGUCUGUAACCCUGUUUUUUGUUGA